AUGUCCACUUUGAGUCCCGGCGAUGCGGGAGCAUGGCCUGCUGCCGCCAACGGUGCCUCGUCCGAGUACCCUGAUGCCGGACUGAACAAUGACACCGCCGCCGCCGAAGACAAUGCGCCGGCCCGGCCACCGCCGAGGAAACGGAGGAGGAUCGUGAUCUCUUGUACCGAAUGUCAUAGGCGCAAGCAAAAGUGUGACCGACAGCUCCCUUGCACGAACUGCAUCUCACGAAACAAACAUAGCGCAUGCCACUACGAAACCGGUGCGCCGACAGCAAGACAACAGCAGAGACGCCAACAGCUAAUUGUCCCUACGAGUGGCACCGCCGAUGGCGCAGACGGUGGUGGAGGGGCCUCCAACUCGGGUUCAGGCUCCGGCUCAACAACCACAGCCACCUCCCCUGACAUGGGCAAAUCCCCCAUCACGUCCUCUUCAUCAACGACAACCCACCACACCGGCAGCGAUCUCUCCGAGCACAUCGCCACCAACGGAGGUAAACCCGUCACCAAAGUCGCGUCCGAAACCUUUGGCUACUCCGGCGCCGGCACGCUCGGUUUCCUCCGUAAAAUCGAAGAGUCCACCACUGGCGACGAAAACCUGCCUCCCCCCCCCGGGCAACAUACCUCGAUUGACCAAACUACACCCUCCAUCUCAGACGGGUUGACAAGAGAGAAGUACAAAUCCUUGAUCCGGCAACUCCCUGCGAGGGUCCACAUCGAGAAGCUAGUCGACAUUUACUUUCGGGAGUUCAACUGGCAGUAUUACGCCCUCGACAGGACUUUGUUCGACAGCUUGCUCGCGCAAUGGUACACCCUCCCCUUUUCCAUCCUCAGUCAAGGCGGGCCGUCCCAAAUCCCGCUAUCACUGAGGCCGUUUCCGGGGUUGCUGUUCAAUAUUAUUGCUAUUGCUCUCUUGACCCUUUCGUCAGAUGACAGGGAGUUCGAGGGGCUGUUGUAUGCAGGGUUGAAUAUGACUUUUGAGGAUUUGGCGAAUGAUUACUCUGACUCUGGGCUGCAAGUUUUGCAAGUGCUGGGCAAGAGAUCAAUGACGCUCACGACAGUCUUGGCUGGGUUUGCCAGGGCGAGUUUCCUCAAAUAUGUCGGCUUGGUGACGGAAAGCUGGCAUGCGAUUGGGAGUGCGAUUAGAGAUGCGCAGGAGAUUGGGCUGCACAGGGAUAGUUUGGAUCCGAGGCCUCCUUCUGGGGCGACGUUGCAGGAGGUGUUGGAGGUGCAGUGGGAGGUGCAGAGACGGAGAAAGAUAUGGAUGACGCUUGUGGUUUGGGAUGUGCACAUGGCUGGCGUGCUGGGUCGGCCGACGACGAUCAACCUGACGGCCGUGCCGCCGAGCUUGCCGGUUGAUGUGAAGGGGGACUCGCCGGUUGCCAGCCCUUCGGGGGAGUUGAUGCCGAUUGUGGAGCGGGGGGAGAAUGAGCCGCCUACGCCGUUGACGAGGGCGGUGUGGGCGUAUCAUCUUAUGGCGCCGAUGAGGGAGAUUCUGGAGCUGGAGAAGGAAGGGCCGUGCCCGAGGGAUUUUGCGAGGGUGGAUAAGCUUCAUGAGGAAGUUGUUUCGAUUGAGAAGAAGACGCCGCCUUUUUUCAGGUUGGAGAAUCCGGACACGAGGUUUGAUGAUAGGGAGGAUUGUUACUGGUUGCCGUUGGCGAGGGCCAAAGAGUCGGACGGAGGCGCUCAAGGCGAGUUUGGGGAUGUUGAAUGCGCAGAGGUUGCACUUCAUGGCGCUGAGGCCGGCUUUGUACAAGACGUAGGUCACCCCUUAUUACCCCGACUCCUGUUGCCAUUUCUAACCCAACCCAGAUUCGCCCUCUUCUUUGGCACCUUUGACGCCAUCGUCCUCAUGGCAGCAAUUUACAUUCUCUUCCCCCGUGAACACCCAGAGCUCGUCCAGUCCGCCCUUCAACACUUCCAGUGGGCAGUCGAGCGCUUCGAGGCAAUGUCUGAGCGCAACGCUCUCGCCAAAGCAGCCCUGGGUGUCCUCCACGCUGUCCGUCUUCGCCUCCGACGCUCUCUCGAUUCCGUCGCCAACAAGUCACAAUCGGCCUCAUCCGGCACCAGCCCUUCAACCACCACAACAGUCACCUCCAAAGCCAACCCUUUGUCCCAGUCCUCUUCCUCCACCGGCACCAACGCCGCUGCUUCCAGUGGCGGCGGCCACCACUGGGAAACCCACACCCCGCGCCGCGCCUCCCGUUCCUCAUCUUCCACUGGCGCCGGUAGCGCCAUCUCCCCCAACCCUCUUCAGGUCCCCCUCGGGCCCUUGGAUUUCUCCCAACCGGGAAGCAGCACCUCUGUCACACCAACAACAGACCGCAACUUUUACUCUGGUGGGCAAGUAGACUGGACGCUGCCAAGUGACUUUAACUGGGCUUCCCUUCAACCUAUAUACCCCACACAUGAUUUGAUCUUUAAUGAUUUAGUCGGCGUAGGGGAUACAAAUGGGAACGGCCUGAGUUGGGACACGAGAACUACUGUCCCUGGGCUGGGGGGGCUGACUACUGUUGUUGGGGGGAGGGAGCAAGUCCAGCAGCCACCGCAGCAGCAGCAGCAGCAGCAGCAGCAGCAGGGGGUUCAAGGUCAGGGACAGCAAGCGGGGGUGAACUGGCAGCAGUUUGAGGGUGAUUUUGGGAAUGAUAGCGUUUGGAGUUUGCUGAAUCAGUUUGGCCCGAUGUAG